GAAAAACAUGAAAAUCCGGCAGUUAUUCGAUCUUUCCCACAUUUUCGGCGAGAAAAACCCAAAACCAACGUCAUACCCAGUCUCCUCUCCUCAAAACCGGCCUGUGCUAUGAUUUUGGGGAGAUUUUGAGCACUUUUUUCUGGCCAAGUGACCGGCGGCGAGUCUCCGGCGAGCUUCAGAUGAACCUUUGGCGACCUCUCUCCGGUCAAUUUUCUGACCGUUUUUCACCGUUCUCGCCCGCAACUCACUUCCUCCUUCGUCCUACUUGAGUCUCUAGGUUUGUUUUUCGACUUUACCUUUGUGAAUUGUUGAGAAUCGGAUUAGGUAGCGAAGUGAGGUUGAAUUUUUGUGUUUGGCAUGAUUGAAUCUAGAUUUAGGUCGAGGAAUUAGGUGAAUUAGGUCGAUUGAAUGAUGGAUUUAUUUUCGCAUGAGCUUAGUGAGCCUUGGUGGGCGUGUUUAACCAAAUUGUGUUUAUUUUUAGAAUUUGCCCACCAAGUGCUAUGUUAUGAAUGCAAGAAGAGUUUAUUCUUGAUUGGUGGAUGGUAGCCACCGUGGUAAGGGUCGUGGUUCAACUUUUUGUGUGCUUGAACCGUGAAUUACCCACAACCAUACCACGGUGGUUUGAGCUUAAAUGUUUUAUCCACGGUUGAAAAACAAGUGGGGGGGGGGGGGAUUUCUUUUCCUCCCAAUGAGCAUUAUAUGACGGAUGUUUCCACGUAUGGUGCAUUUGUGUUUGUGCAGGAUGCUUAACUUGGAGCAUGAGUUCAUCAGUUAUAUGGUGAACCUUCCAGAGUUUGGCGACAAGUUCGCCUACCAGAGUGGCAGCCCGAUUGGGCCUCACUGGCGGCUGGACCUAGACAUGUUUAACUUGUUCAGGUGCCGAGCCACCAUGACUAGGGUGCUCUACCAUCCCUUGUGGUGCCAGCUCUUGACCAUGGACGAGGAGAUCUUCCAUGAGCUGUGCGUGGAGUUCUACUCCACCUUCUCACACAUCAUCUCGGCAAGCAAGAAGAGCCGGCCAAGGUUGGAGUUUAUACUAGGAGGUCAGCCACGAGUGCUGACCUAUGAUGGCUUUUCUCAGGCCAUGGGGCUCGACACCGCCCACAUGACGAUGACGGAGCGGCAGUUCACCGUCGACUUCAACUAUUAGGGCGCAUUCCGAGCCCUCUACCGCCCAAAGCACGAGCAGGAAGAGUUCGAGGGGAGCCGCACCAAUGCGGUGAAGCUGAAGACCCAGUGGAGGACUCUACACACUCUGCUCACCAGAUCCGUCUUCCCCAGCCUCUAGUCAGGCCACUUGAUGACGAACAGAGGGCUCAUUGAUCGCCACCUAUUUCGCCCGGUGCUUGGGGCGGAAUAGAGUGGACACUAUGCACAUGGGGGGGCAUCAACACGAGGAUUGCCCGACACUUCCAGGUGGAUCUGGCCCACUGUACCAGCGUCGGAAGGAUGGAGCCCUUCCCAGUGGAGACAUUAUAUAACUAGAAGCUGGUACUCCAGAGCGAGAGAGGAGUGGAGUACCUUGACGGACUCCGACCCUCAGGAGUCAUCCGAGAUGCAGUAGCACUGGCUCUAGAGGAGCCUGACUCCGAGGUCCCGCCAGCAGCCGAGCAGCCACCUGCUUGUUCACCCGCCCGCCGCCGCCUAGCGCUCCAGCGCCCUUGAUAACGAUGUAAUUGCACAUAUUUGCGCCCCUAGUUCUUAUCCGUUUGAGGGGCAUAGUUGUGUGUUUUUGGCCUAUUUUACGCCGGGUUGUGCUAGUUUGUCAUAUUUCAGGUCCCAGGCAUCAAAGGAAAGGCUAAGCACGAGUUUCGGGGCAUUUGGAAGUCAUUUCGUCAAGCUGGAGCCAAAACACGGGCAGACCUAAAACAGAACACGGCCGUGUUCUGUGGCCGUGCUUGUACUGCUGAGAGCAAAUUCGAGUUUGGCAAACAUUGGCUAAAAACACGGGCAUGGCUUAGACAAAGCACGGCCGUGUCCUCCCAAAGCACGGCCGUGACCAUCACCAAACACGCCCGUGUUUCUCCCAAUGCACUGGCCGUGUAAUUAACCCUAGCCAAAGCACGGGCGGGCUGAGGCAUUACACGGCCGUGCCCUCGACCGUGCUUUGGCCACUGAUGCCCUUUUUGAAGGCAGAUUCAUGCCAAGGAAGAGGAAUCGGACUUUUUGAGCAAAAAUAGAGCCCUAGAGAGAGAAAGUACGAAGAACACAUCCUAGAAGCUAUCUUGGAGCUGGGUUUCAUCAAAUCGAGCUAGGAGAUCGUCCUAGGAGUGGAAAUCAUCAUCCCGGAGCAGAUUUUCCUCAUCUUUAUGAGUAUGACUACUCCGAUUACUGUUUUCUUCUCUCUCUCUAUGGAGUAGAACCCCUCUCUCACUUGGGGAUGAAGAACCCUAGUUCUAUGUGUUAGGGAUUGAUUGUAAUGACUUGGGAUGAUAUUACUGUUUGAUUUUAAUCGAAUGAUGCAUGUUUAUUGAGUCAAUUGAAGUCUGAUCAACUUUUCCUGAUUCCUGCUGCAAUCUGAGAUAGAUAGAAUCGGAUUAGGUUGCUAGAGUCUCAUCAUUCGGUAGUAGGAGAUUGGCUAUACGAGAGUUAGCCAGUUUACUGCUUUGUACUGGAAUCCAAUUCCAGUAGUGGAGUUCUGUUCUUACUACUUCAGCUUUCUAUCCCGGUGAAGACUAGUCGUCUGCCGGGUAGUUAGACUGAGAGGGCUUGGUCAGCUUAAUAGAUUCCAAGCUACUGU